UCGCACUCCAACUAGAUUUCAAGUUGCAUAGAGGUGUUUUGUUACAGCUCUUCGAUUUUAUUUUCUGAAAAAAAUGGAUGCUGAUUGGACUAAUAACGAGACUUACCGUGCAAUACCACAAAUGGAAGUGGGUAAUCCUGAGGAGACGAAGGAACCUGCUCCAACGCCAACCAAGGGCAAAUAUGACACAAACAAUAUGUUCACACAAAGUAUCUUCGAUCUAACGCUCAUUACUAUCAACAUUUGCCAAAUAUGUUACAUAUUGAAAGUUGGACCCGAUCUAGGAAUUUUAUAUUACAUAAUGUUGGGAUUACUGGGUAUCUCAUUGACUCUGCUGUCUAUCCAUGGCUUCAUGGGUCUAUUUGGACGACUUCGGUGCAGUACGCCGCUCUCUGAUGGAUGUUUCAAUUGUUUGUAUAACACUUCACUGUUUAUGGUCGUGCUCGUGUACUUGGUAAAUCUAGUGUUCAGCGUGCUAAACUUGAAGGAGACGGAGGACAAAUGCCAGAUUAUUGUGAACAACAUGAGAAACAGAACUGUCACAUAAUGUGCUUUACGGAGUUUCGAAAUAUAAGUUAAAGCGACUCAUGAGUAGCUAUGUA